GUGUGUAAUUACAUUUUCAGCAAUAAUCGUGCAAAAUUGUGUGAAAAAUAUUGUGAGAGGCAUUUUCUCUCCCAAAUUUUUCAUCCUUCCCUUUUCACUGCACCCAAACAGAGUAAUAGGCUAAUUCCCUCCUUUUUUCCUUAAAUGCGAAAGAAAACGUGAGAAAGUCAGAAAGAGAGAGAGAGAGAAAGAAAGAGGGAUGGACUUCGGGCUAGCAGCGCUGAAGCUGGUGUGCGCUCAACUGAGGGAGGCCAAGGAAACACAGUCGCAAAACUCCUUCACUCUUGGCGGCAUUCUCUUCCAACGCGCCUGGUUACAGGGCGUUCUGGUCUCCACCUCCGACGCAGGAGCCCCCUUGCUUCUCGACGACGGCACCGGCGUUAUCCACCUCUCCCUCUCCGGCGACUUCCGUCUCCGCCCUUGGAAGACAGGGAUGUAUGUAAUGGUGGUUGGAGGUUACAUUGUGAAUUCGGGUGAGCCCCCCAUGAUUAAGGUUCACAAGAUUGUUGAUCUUUCAGCAUUCCCGGAUCGAGAGGCAAUGUGGUAUCUUGAAGUUAUUGAGGCAUACAAACUGUUCUAUGGUCCCAAUUGAAGAACUUGUAUGUUUCUGUUCAUAUCAUGUAGUGGAGAGAUAGUGAACUUAGUAACCCCAUAUGCAGAUUGUAGCCCCAUGAUGCUGAUUGAAAUUGCCACAAAGGUCCCUUCAUGGUUUCCCUCUUUGGCAAAUUGUUACUUAGCAGUUAGCACCAUUGAUUUACAAGUUUUAAACUUCUAAUGACAUUGGUUUUGUGUUCUUUUUCACUAAUUCCUUGACAAGUAUAAUGACAUAGAUAUUUGAACUUGAGUGAUGGAGUCCUGUAAUUAUUUCUCCCCUUUAGUAAAUUGUACUGGUAAUGUGAUUUUGCAAAAUUUAUAGACGGUUAAUGACAUUCUUUCAUGCUUGUUAUCCUCUGUUCUUUUUUGCAUGGAAGUUGAACAUGAAGAAUCGAAACUCCUAGUUUGAAGAGUUCAAAAGAAUUGAAACCCAAAUGUGCAUUUUAUUUUUUCUUCUAUUCUCAUAUCUGCAGC